AUGACGUCCAGGGCUUCAGUUGCGCCCACAGUUGGAUGCGUCACUUGCAGGCACCGGCGAAAGAAAUGCGAUCAGAGAAAGCCAACUUGCAAGGCGUGCGAACGAAACAUUCUCAUCUGCGUCUAUCCUCAAAAUGCCGUGGGUGACGCUGGCCCGUCGCACAAAACGACUGCAGCCGAGUUGCAGGAAUCGCGAACGAGUCUUGUAAAGACUUCUCCGUCAUCACAUAUACUCUCGUCCUCCCGAGGAAACGAGGAUCGUCGCAACUCACUACAACAGCUGCGUCGUACGCCAAACCAAAUCUUGUCUUUGACGAGGCCUGAGUCGAGCUUCCUGCAUGAUCACUAUCUGAAUCGUACCGCCCGCAUGCUAUCAGCAACAUACACGGGACAAAAUCCAUUUGUAAAAGUCCUGUUGCCGCUGGCUGCCUGGUCAGACAUGAUCUUACAAGGUGUGCUUGCUCUCAGUGGUGUCCAUUUUGAAAGCCAAAAGCCAGCCAACCAUCUGGUAGCAACGUAUGAGCACUUGGCUCAAGCGCUCCGCGGUCUCAAGUAUGGUCUUACGAGGUUUGUGUCUGGACAGACCGAUUUAGCGUUGGAACUGUUGGUCACGACGCUCCUGUUCUGCUUCAUUGAGUGUGUCAGAGGUGAUACGGACGGGAAUGCCUUUCUCCAUCUGAAUGCGGCUCGCCAUCUCUUCCCGUCCAUCUUGCAAGACAUGGCACUUACAAAAACUGAACCGGAGACCAUAUCCUUCCUACUUGAAUAUUAUACCUACAUCCUGAGCCUUUCUUCGUUCAGUCUGCCCUCGAAUCCAGACGCUUUUCUUGCCAACGACGUUGAGCUUGCAUUCGAAGCUGUUUCCAGAUUUGAGAAACCCAUGACAGGAAUGCUAUUGGGCUGUGCCCAUGAAUUAUUUACAGUAAUUCCAUAUGCAAUGACGGGACCCGAUGACGGCGAUUUUGAGACGUCUCAAUUCUGCCAUAUUGAUGCCUCUACACUACGGCAAAAGGUGUUGUCGUGGAGCCCACCACAGAAAUACUCACAAAAUUGGAUCGCAGCUGGAAGGCUUUACCAAUUGGCUAUCCUCCUUCUUCUAGAGGAUCGCAUAAGAAAUCCUGAGAGCUACCGUGUGGAGGAAACAUCACAUACAUAUAUCUGUGAUUUUGUCACGUUACUGCAAACCAUCACUGUGGGCUCGACGAUUACGACAACGCUAUGUUGGCCGCUUGCGGUGGCAGGGUCUUAUGCAUAUACGACUGAGCAUCAGCGAGUAAUUAACCAGUAUUUGACAGAAAUGAUUGCUAAUUAUGGAUUCGGUAACCUCUCGCAGCUGCAAAGUUUACUGCAUAAUGUUUGGGAUAACAGUAGCAGGGAAAGCGAAAAGACAGAUACCUUAUUGGCAACUAUGAAGAAGCAAGGAUUAACCAGGAUUCUACUUGCAUGA